AUUCAAAAAAAUAAACCCCAACCUUUCAAAUCAUCAACCAAAGAUUCCCAAAACUAAAACCUCAUGGCUUCAUCAGGUGGCAGUUUAAACACUUCCAGUACAACUUCUCAGUAUCCAUCCUUUUCUUUCUCUACAUCUUUCAGUGAUCUAAUUGCUUCUAACAACAACAACAACAAUCAAGAUUCUAGCUGGGGUUUCUUUGCUGCUGCUGGUGGUGUUGAAAGUCCAAAACUACCUGCAACUCCAUUUUCACCUUCUUCUUUUCUUUCUACACCAACUGGUUUGAACCAAAAUCAGUUCUUGGACUCUCCUUUCUUUCCUUUCAAUUCAAAUAUUGUUCCAUCUCCUACAACUGGAAGCUUUUCUGGUUUGGAUUUUAAGGAUGAAGAAAGAAAGUAUUCUGGUUUUUCUUUUCAACCACAACCAAGGCCUGUUUCUGCAAAUAAGAUGGAAGAACAAGUGAAAAGUCAACCACAAGAAUGGAGUUUAACCAAACAAACUGAUUUCAUGUCAGAAAUGAACAAACCCAAAUCAGAAACAACACAAUCUGCUGCUCAAACCCAAUAUGUUUCUGAUCAAUCUCAAGCCGCUAGAGAUGGAACAAGAUUAGAAGAUGGUUACAACUGGAGAAAGUAUGGUCAAAAACAAGUCAAAGGAAGCGAAAAUCCUCGAAGUUAUUACAAAUGUACAUACCCGAAUUGUCCAACAAAGAAGAAAGUCGAAAGAAACUUAGAGGGACAUAUCACCGAGAUCGUUUACAAAGGAAGUCAUACUCAUUCUAAGCCUCAAAAUGCGAAGAAAUCAUCUUCAAACAAUUACAUUGAAGCCCCAGCUGAAAACAAUCAUUUUGACUCUUCGGCAUCAUUUGGGGAUGAUGACUUUGAACAAGCCUCGUCCAUUAGUAAAUCGGGAGAUGAUCAUGAAAACGAGCCCGAAGCUAAGAGAUGGAAGGGUGAGGCCGAGAGCGAAGCUAUUUCGGGGCCUGGGAGUCGAACGGUUCGAGAACCGAGAAUCGUGGUUCAAACCACGAGUGAUAUUGAUAUUCUUGAUGAUGGAUAUAGAUGGAGGAAAUAUGGGCAAAAAGUAGUUAAAGGCAAUCCUAAUCCAAGGAGUUACUACAAGUGCACAUACGUAGGCUGUCCCGUGAGGAAACACGUUGAACGCGCAUCACAUGAUUUGCGAGCAGUGAUCACAACUUAUGAAGGGAAGCAUAACCAUGACGUGCCUGCGCCGCGUGGUAGCGGGAGUUACAACAUUAGUCGAGCACCAACCACCAAUAACGGUAGCACCAACAACAAUUAUGGAUCAAUGGCUAUUAGGCCGUCAACAAACUACUCAACUAACAUUCAAAACGCCACAGGGUUGACCAACAAUGGUGGUCAACAACCGUACACUCUACAAAUGUUGCAGAACUCUGGAAACUAUGGUCUCAUGGAGGGUUCGUAUGUGAGUCAAAACCGAGGAAAAGACAUCUCACUGUCGAGUGCCAAGGAAGAACCCGAGGAUGAUUUGUUUUUCAACUCUUUUUAGGUUAAAAAGGUAAGGGAAACCGAUCAAAACAUGAAUCAGUUUUGGCCACUAAUCUGGUAGGAAAUUUUAGGUGUUUGAAGGGGUUGUAUUUCUUUUGUAUCAUAGUAAUAAAUUGUAACUUUGUUGGAAAUAUUCUUUUGUGAAAUCAAAUAACAAUAUGUUCUUUGUA